GCCAAGGGCCAAGGCCAAGAUCUUUUAUGAUAGGUUAUGUUUACCUCACCGAAUAGAAAGUUAAUAGAUGUUUGAAGAAUCUAAAUCAUUGACUAUUACCUGAAGUCAGAUUUUGGAGAAAAUGGGACUUGAUAAAAAAAGUUCUCGUAGAAGCCGCAGUCGGGAAAGAGAUCCUGAUCGAACAAGAGAAAGAGAGCGUGAAAGAGACCGCAGUAGGGACAGAGAACGGGACCGUAGGGAUAGGGAUAGGGAGAGAAGAAGAUCAAGAAGCAGAUCUAAAGAGAGAAGAAAAGAUGAUCGUAGAAGAAGAGAUGAUGAGGAUGAACGAAAGAAAAGAGAUGAGGAUGAUGUUAAGAGAGAAAAACCGAGAUCAAGAAGUCGCAGUAGAGAGAGAUAUCGAGCAAAAGAAAGUCGCAAGUCACCUGUGCCUCCUGCAGUGAAAAAGGAAGAAGAGGGAGUGGUAAAAAAAGAAGAGCCUAUGGAUGAAGAACUCAAUCCCAUCAAAAAGGAACCUUUGUCCCUAGAAGAACUGUUGGCCAAAAAACAGGCUGAGGAAGCAGCGAGAAGUAAGCCUAAGUUUUUAACCAAAGAGGAGAGAGCGGCUGAAGCUUUAAGAAAGCGACAGGCUGAAGUUGAUGAGAUGCGAAGAAAACAAGACGAAGAGAGGAAAAAGCGUGAAGAAUUCGCUAAAGAAGCAAACAAACAGAUGGAUGACAGGGGUCGGGAUGAUUUUAGACGCCCGAGAGAUAGGACAACAGUUGAAGAAAAGGAGAUAAAUAAAGAUAGAGAAAAAGAGGGAGAAGCUAUAAAAGAACGUUAUUUAGGAAUCAUCAAAAAGAAAAGGCGUGUUAGAAGAUUGAACGAUAGAAAAUUUGUAUUCGACUGGGAUGCUUCUGAAGAUACCUCGGUGGAUUACAACAACUUGUAUAAGGAAAGGCACCAGGUUCAGUUUUUUGGUAGAGGAAAUGUGGCGGGGAUAGAUAUUAAAGCUCAAAAACGAGACCAGUCCAAAUUUUAUGGUGAACUACUAGAAAAAAGAAGAACAGAAGCAGAAAAAGAACAAGAAAAGGUAAGACUGAAAAAGGUGAAAAAGAAAGAAGAAAAACAGCGAUGGGACGACCGACAUUGGUCGGAGAAGGCAAUGGAUGAGAUGACAGAAAGAGAUUGGAGAAUAUUCAGAGAAGACUACAACAUAACAAUCAAGGGUGGGAAGAUUCCAGAUCCAAUUCGUAACUGGAAAGAAUGUGGGUUUCCUCAAGAGAUCGCUGAUAUCAUUGAGAAGGUCGGCUACAAGGAUCCAACUCCCAUCCAGCGACAAGCCAUUCCAAUUGGGUUGCAGAAUCGUGACAUCAUUGGUGUUGCUGAGACAGGUUCGGGUAAAACUUUAGCUUUCUUGAUACCUCUUCUGUUGUGGAUUCAGUCACUGCCCAAGAUAGAGAGGAUAGAAGACGCUGACCAGGGACCGUACGCCAUCAUCCUGGCACCCACCCGAGAGUUGGCCCAGCAGAUUGAAGAGGAGACCAACAAGUUCGGAGGACCGCUAGGUAUCAGAACAGUGGUGGUGGUCGGUGGUCUAUCGAGGGAAGAGCAGGGAUUCAGGCUGCGGUUAGGUUGUGAGAUUGUAAUUGCCACCCCUGGUCGUCUCAUUGACGUGUUGGAGAACAGAUACUUGGUUCUAAACCAGUGUACAUACAUCGUACUGGACGAGGCUGAUCGUAUGAUAGACAUGGGUUUCGAACCAGACGUACAAAAGAUCCUGGAUUUCAUGCCUGUGACCAACAUCAAGCCAGACAAUGAAGAUGCUGAAGAUGAAGCCAAACUGCUCGCCAAUUACAAUUCCAAAAAGAAAUAUAGACAGACUGUGAUGUUUACGGCCACUAUGCCUCCUGCUGUGGAGCGGCUGGCUCGAACUUACCUGCGUCGUCCUGCCGUCGUCUACAUCGGCAGUAUCGGCAAACCCACAGAAAGAACUGAGCAAAUAGUAUACAUGGUGUCCGAACAGGACAAGCGUAAGAAGCUGAUGGAACUUCUCAGCCGAGGAGUUGAGCCUCCAGUCAUCAUCUUUGUCAACCAGAAGAAGGGAGCCGACGUCCUCGCCAGGGGCCUGGAGAAACUUGGGUACAACGCCUGCACACUGCACGGAGGUAAGGGCCAGGAGCAGAGAGAGUACGCCUUGGCCACUCUCAAGUCUGGAGGCAAAGACAUCCUGGUGGCCACUGACGUUGCUGGUCGAGGUAUCGACAUCAAGGAUGUCUCUAUGGUCAUCAACUACGACAUGGCUAAGACUAUCGAAGAUUACACUCAUCGUAUCGGCAGAACUGGUCGAGCAGGUAAGACAGGAGUGGCUGUUUCGUUUGUCACCAAGGAAGACUCACCAAUCUUCUACGAUCUGAAGCAGACGAUUCUGCUCAGUCCGGUAUCUACUUGUCCUCCAGAGCUACUCAAUCACCCUGACGCUCAACACAAGCCCGGCACUGUCAUGGUGGCUAAGAAGCGGAGGGAGGAGAAAAUAUUUGCUUAAGAAACUUAUUUUAUUUGUAAAUAGAUUUUUCAUAUAUAGCACUUGUAUGUUCCUAUCAUAGGACUUGAUUAGCUGUGUAAGUAAAUGUUAUUUGAUGAAAUCGUAAUAAAUAUUAAAAAUCA